UGGUCGUGCAAUCCAGUAGGAAAGAAGUUCUGUUGGCGAGAAGACGCCUCAAACAGCUAGUGGCGGUUUUUUAUUUGAACAAAAAGCGAACUUAAAAAAUUUUUAACAGCGCGUUUACUAAAAGAAAGUGAAAUGGCGAGAGUGUUGUUCAUAUUGUGCGGUGCUUUGCUUUUGAAUUUCGCCUUGACGCAAGAUUUCGAACCAGCUCCCUUGGAGUCGGGUGUGGUGUUGGAGCCGGAUGGGGACCUGGUUUCGGAGCCGGAAGACGGCCUGGUUUGGGAUCCGGAGACGGAAUCGGAACAGGAGCCAGAGAUAAUAGAAACAACUACGUUGAAAGCGACCACUGAGCCACCCACAACAACAACUACGAGUGAAUCCAUUACAGAUCCACCAACAACUACAACCAUUACAACAACAAAAGAAACACCCACCAUCACAGCGCCUCCCAUAACAACUGAGGGCCUUCCCGCCACAACCGUUGUUAUAACAGAGGAGACCAUAACGCCCACAACAACAACAGCAAGCCCUCCGCCUACCACGCCAAAAGAAGAACCAAUAACAACGCCUACAACGAAUAUCGACUACACAACAACCACCACCACCACAACAACAACAACAACUCCUAAACCUUUCACAUUUGUUCCAACAACUCCUAAACCUUUCCCCUCUAUUCCAACAACCACCACCACGAUAACCCCAGUGAUCACAACCACAACAACAACUCCUAAACCUUUCACAUUUGUUCCAACAACUCCUAAACCUUUCCCCUUUAUUCCAACAACCACCACCACGAUAACCCCAGUGAUCACAACCAAACCAACAGGCUACCCUCCGUAUCGUCCAGGCAAACCAUGGACUCAGCCACCAAAGCCCAACUAUCCACAAAGUGGCUGCUAUUACCGCUCGCAACGUAGUUCACCGCAUCUGCAGUGGAAAUGCGGCUAUUGGCAAUAUGUAACGUAUCAGCAAUGCUAUCGUUGUUGCAACUACAAUGUCAGCUACGCCACUUGCAACAAAGUCAAUCGUACCUACUGCACACAAACGCAACAACAAAAGUUCAAAAAUACGAAUGCAUACAGCAAUUAUUGGCUGUACUUCUAAUGGACAGAUGCAUGGACCCGUUCAUAUAUACAUACAUAUAUAUAGAAAUGUACGCUCUGCAAUUGUAGUGGUGACUGUAAAUUGUACAGUGAAAAUUGAAGCAAAAUAGUAAGCACGUGGAACAUAUUUCAGUAUCGGGCAUAUAGCUUUUGUGUAUAUUUCUGUAAAUUAUUUUAUACGAUUUUUUUUUUCAAUUUUAUAUGCAAUGUUGUGCAAUUUUUUCCAUUAUUUAAUAUUA